AUGGCGGAGCGACUCGUCGUGCCGCGCGCCUGCAGUGGGGAGGCCCGCGCCGCCGCCGUCGUCGCCGCCAUGGUGGCCAACAGUGUGCUGGCGAGCCGCGAGUAUCACGGGCCCGAGCCGGACUCGCCGUCGUCGCCGCUGGCCGCCUCGCUCAGGGUGAGCCGCUCCAGUCCCGACCUCGUGUCACGGAAGAAUCGGCUGAACCAGCCCCGCCUGGCCUCGGGCCUCAGCCGCCAGACGCACCGCACCUACGAGAACCUCGCCGACACCGUCGCGUACUCGCAGCAGGCGUUCAGCUCCGAGGAGCUGGACCGCGUGUACCCGGUGCAGGCGGGUCCGGCCUCCGUGUCGGCACAGUUCGUCACGCAGUCAGCGCUGGUGGCCGAGAUAGCGCGCAGCCAGCCGGCCGAGCCGCCGGCGCCGCCGCCGCCGCCGCCCGGAGCCGCGCCGGCGCCGACCGCGCUGCUCGCGCCGCCGGCCGUCGACCCGCAAGGACCCGGCUCGCCCAGUCACUUCCUCAGCGGCAACAUUCGCGUCAGCUCGGUGGGACCCGUCGGCCUCCACCAGCCGGCCGCCGGCGCCGACGAGCCCAUCUACGAGAACGUCGACUUUCAUCCAGCGCGGUCGCCUGGCCGGCGGCGUCGGCGGCGCGGCGGACGCCGUGCGCGCCCCGUGACGCCCGAGGUGGUGGUGAAGCGGGAGUCGACGGCCAUCCCGCGGGAGCAGAGGUGUCAGGCGAUCGAGGCGCGCAUCAGCAACGCCGGCUUCUUCCGCGAGUUCGAGUCGGUGGUGAAGAAGCGCGACUCGGCCGAGUACACCACUGCGCGCCGGCCCGAGAACGAGAACAAGAACAGGUUCAGGGACGUGCUGCCGUACGAAGACAACCGGGUGCGAGUCACGCCCUCCAGAGACAACCCCACCGGCUACAUCAACGCCUCCCACAUCAGCGUGAGUGUGCCGGCGGCCCACGGCGCCGUGGGCUGCAGUGGUGUUCGCUCGUGUUUGUGA